CAACGAGUGUCCAACUUUGUGCUGCAUUUCUGAUCCUGCCUGGAGUCUGAGCAGAAAAUGGAGGCUCAUUUCAGCACGUUUGCUCCGCCGCUGUGUCUUCGCUGACUCCCUCCGCUCCCCACGGGCUCUAGCGGCGCAGACGCAGCCGUUUAAACUCGCCUUCGGACGGGAUUUGCACCCCAGUCCUAAACUUUUUUUUUCUUUCUUUCUCCUUACUCCUUCUAUCACAUGGCGCAGGUUGGCAUCAUGGUUUGGCUCCAUAUUGCUCAUUCCAGUGGCUGCAUUUCCUGGAAUAAGCUGCAACCUGAGCCUUGAGGCUCACACCAUGGAAGGCCUGUAGUAUCCAGGAUCACCUCCCUCUGCCCCGCUAGGAAUUAGAAACACAAAGUUGUACAGAAACGACAGAAGGACAUCUAAAUCUGAUCUGAGCUCCUGGAGCUCUCUAUCUAUUUAGGUCAACUGGGUGGAGAGGCUGCAGUGGAGUGAGUGCCAGAAGUGUGUGGUAGUCUCCCCCACUCCCUUUUUUAGAGUAGGUGCCUCCUCCGGGCGCUGAGGCCAUGAGGCCCAAGACAUUCCCGGCUGCCCCGUAUGUGGGCAACACGCGGCAGAGGCUUCAAGAGAUCAAGGAGGGUCUGAAGCAGCCGGCCAAGCUGGUGAGCCAGGCCCUGCACGGCGGCAGCUCCAGGUCCGAGGGGAGCCGGGCCGCCGACUCCAAGAGCGGCAAGGACACCUCCAACCGACAGCAGCAGCUCCGGCCGCCGCAGAAGUUUAACAACUACCAGAACGCCCUGCGGGAGAUCCGCCGGUCCCUCAUGCCCUUCGCCAACGAGUCUGGGGAGGCUGGAGAGGUGAACAAGCAGAUGCUGCAGGAGCUCGUCAACGCUGGCUGCGACCAGGAAAUGGCAGUGCGGGCGCUGAAGCAAACUGGAAGCAGAAAUAUUGAAGCAGCCUUGGAGUACAUCAGUAAAAUGGGUUACCUGGACCCGCGCACCGAGCUCAUCGUCCGGGUCAUUAAGCAGACGUCACCCGGAAAAGCUGGCGUGCCGAACACCAUGGACCACCGUCCCACAUUAGAGGUUUCGGGUGAGGGAGGCGCCAUGCCUCCAUACCACCAGAUGGGGGCUCCGAUGUAUGACGGGGCGGCAGGUUAUGGCCCAGAGAGUGACAUGACCAGAGCCUAUAUGGGGGCUUCUCCUGUUAUGAACUACAUGAUUCCCCCAUCGAGUGCAGCUCAGGGCGCUGCCAUGGCCAACCCCAUGGGGCGACCUCCCAGUAUCGGCAGCUAUCCGCCAGUGAUGCCUACCCAAAGCAACCCAGGCAGCGCCAUGUACCCACCGGGCGCCCCACAGAAGGCCUACCCCAGCAGCAUGGAGCAGCAUGGGCCCAUGAUGAGCUACAACGUCCCUGGGCAGCCGCUGCAGCUCCAGCCGCAGCCACCAGGGGGACCUGUCCCAGGUCCGCACUACGACUACGGUCACGCUAGGCAGCACAUGAUGGAACCCGCAGGCUAUGGGGUCAAGAGGACCCCCUCUUUCCAGAACAAGAUGCAACCACCCCCUAUGGGGCCCCCUGACAAUUACGUCAACAUGCAGGGAAAGGGGGCCAUGGCCCAGAACGGGUCAGGAGGCGGAGGAUACCCGGCCAAUCUGUACCUUACGUCUCACUCUCAUCCCCGCCAGGCGAGCCCCACGUCCCACCAGGUCCACAUGAUGUCUCGUUCCCCGGGCGGAGUGCCACCCAUGGCCCCCGAAUACCCAGACCUGAUGACACCCUCCAGAGCCAGCCUCAACCUGGACCUGUACGAGCACCACUGGGCCGGCCCGCCGGGUGCUGAAGGGAAUCCAGCGGCCCGUCAGCCCCAGGGCCCGUUUAGGGGGGAGGUACGUGUCCCCAGCAGAACAAAUUCCUUCAACAGUCGUUCUGCUCCAAAUGGUGUUAGACCGCCGAUGGCUGUGCCUCCUGCAGCCGGGAAGCAGGAGUCCUCGUUGGGCCCCCCUAACACCAUCACAGCUGUAACAUCCCCCCCCAUCCAACAGCCAGUCAAAAGUAUCCGAGUGAUGAGGCCUGAGCCCAAAACGGCGGUGGGCCCGUGCCAUCCUGGCUGGAUGACAGCUCAGGCUCAGGAUGCAGCAGAACCCCUGCCCUACAUGCCGGAGGAGACCUACCCAUUGGAGCCUGCCCAGGAGCCCCGCUGCCCUCCCCCACCUUACCCAAAGAAUCUGCUCAUGCCCGGAGCAGCGGGGGAUCCAGGGGUUCUGGAAGGAGCCGGAGCCAGCGGUCCAGACCUCAACAAUCCCGCUGCCAGAGGCGCACGGGCCGGCAGUGGCGGUAGCGGGAGCAGCGGGAAGAAUGAGGACAGCCAGCAGGUUAAAGAGAAGCCCAAGAUGGGGAAGGGAGAAAAAGCAGUAAAAGACAAGAAGCAGAUCCAGACGUCGCCCGUUCCCCUCAGGAAGAACGGGCGAGAUGAGGAGAAGAGAGAGUCCCGCAUCAAAACCUACUCUCCCUUCGCCUUCAAGUUCUACAUGGAGCAGCAUAUCGAGAAUGUGAUGAAGACCUACCAGCAGAAACUGAACCGGAGGCUGCAGCUGGAGCAGGAGAUGUCCAAGGCUGGGCUGUCGGAGGCAGAGCAGGAGCAGAUGAGGAAGAUGCUGAACCAAAAGGAGUCCAACUACAACAGGCUACGUCGGGCCAAAAUGGACAAGUCAAUGUUUAUAAAGAUCAAGACCCUGGGCAUCGGCGCCUUCGGUGAAGUGUGCCUUACACGAAAAGUCGACACCGGUGCACUUUACGCCAUGAAAACGCUGCGCAAGAAAGAUGUCCUCAACCGUAACCAGGUGGCCCAUGUGAAGGCGGAGCGGGACAUCCUAGCUGAGGCGGACAACGAGUGGGUGGUGCGUCUCUACUACUCCUUCCAGGACCGCGACAGCCUCUACUUCGUCAUGGAUUAUAUCCCCGGGGGAGACAUGAUGAGCCUUCUGAUCCGGAUGGGCGUCUUCCCAGAAACCCUGGCGCGCUUCUACGUGGCCGAGCUCACGUUGGCCAUUGAGAGCGUCCACAAGAUGGGUUUCAUCCACCGCGACAUCAAACCAGACAACAUCCUCAUCGACUUGGACGGUCACAUCAAGCUGACGGACUUCGGCCUGUGCACAGGCUUCCGCUGGACGCACAACUCAAAGUACUACCAGAAAGGAAGCCACGUCAGACAGGACAGCAUGGAGCCCAGCGACUUCUGGGACGACGUGUCAAACUGUCGCUGUGGUGACCGUCUGACGACGCUAGAACAACGUGCCAACCGGCAGCACCAGCGCUGCUUGGCUCACUCCUUGGUCGGGACGCCGAACUACAUCGCGCCUGAAGUUCUGCUGCGCAAAGGCUACACUCAGCUGUGCGACUGGUGGAGUGUGGGAGUGAUUCUCUUUGAGAUGUUGGUGGGACAGCCGCCCUUCCUUGCUCCGACGCCUACUGAGACUCAGAUUAAGGUCAUUAACUGGGAGAGCACGCUACAGGUGCCGCCACAGGUCAAACUGAGUCCAGAGGCGGUAGACAUCAUCGGCCGCCUCUGCUGCUCAGCCGAGGAGCGUCUGGGUGCAAACGGCGCCGGAGAGAUCAAGGCUCACCCCUUCUUCUCUGAGGUCGACUUCUCCAGCAAUCUGCGCCAGCAGCCGGCGCCCUACCGGCCAAAGAUCGCUCACCCCAUGGACACGUCAAACUUUGAUCCUGUGGAGGAGGAGGGCGGCCCGGGGGCGUGGAGCGACAGCGGAGACAGCACCCGAGCCUUGGACGCGCUCUGCUCUCCGCACGGGAAGCACCCAGAGCACGCUUUCUACGAGUUCACAUUCCGUCGGUUCUUUGACGACAACGGCUGCCCCUUCCGCUACCCGAAACCCCUGGAGGCCAGCGUGGGGCUGAGCGCCACUGCAGCUGCCGCCAUGGGCCCAGAGGAGGGGGAGGAUACGGAUGAGGACGGAGAGGUGGAGGAGGAUGAUGAAGAAGAGGGAGAGGCAGGGGUGGGAUGCGAGCCGGUGUACGUCUAGAACCGAUUUCCUUCUGCUACCUAUCUCGACUCCUGGAGGUGUCUGUCAGCGUGGCGAGGCUGAGCAUGUCUGAGAAGCAGCUGCAGGAUGGAGGGGACAUCGCCACCUAGUGGGCCGACCGCAAACCGACCUCCCAUCUGGGACCAACAAGCACCAACUCUGACUGCAUAAAGAACGGAGAGGCAGCAGACUCAGGAGCCUCUGCUGCUUCCUGGAGUUUCUUGUCCCAUUCCUUCUGCCUUCGGUCUUACGGACGAUUCAAACACAGGAGCUGCUUCCUGUUCUAUCUGAGCUGCUUUCCGUUCGCGUUUGGCCACGUGAAGACGGCAUCCAGUCUACAGACUGAUGGUGCCUGAAUCACAGCUUCUGCAAAAUAAGCUAAAAGACAUUCACUCACAGGGACACCCAUGCUCCCUCAGUAUAACUCAAGAUUGUAAAAGUUGUUUCUGAUGUACAGCAGCACCUUUACCACAUAUUCAUUCACCUCAAACUUUUUCACGUCCACAAACCUCCAUUUUAUCUGGACCAACACACAGUAGCUCAUGACUGGGAGUGGAAGGAAAGGAGUUUUCAUGGCACAUCUACCAGCUUUGGUUACCCAGGGACGGUUUUUCUCUGCUAAACGGCUCAAUAUAUUUUAGUCAAUAAUCCAGGUUGUUUGUUUAAAUUCUCAAUUUAGUUCCAGACUUAAGGGCUGGUUAUACUCCCCACAGCAGUGUGUUACAGUGAGCUUGUCACAGAUGUUUUUGAUUUAUGCACAAUAUUGAAGCAUGCGCUGC